CGCGCCAAAUUUGUUACCAUUGGACUGGGCCUCUCAGAAGUUGUUUGUCAACUAUCAACAAAAUAUGCCAGUCAAAAGAACACUCCGUUUGGAGGACAAUGACAACCAGACACCAGCCAAGAGACCUGUACCAGACAGGAACUACUCCCCAUUGACUGGUACCUGCCAGACGAGUCCAAGUGCAACUCCCCAAGCUGGUAAAGCCAAAGCCAGUGGGAAAACUGCUAAUUCCCAUAAACCACAGGUGCCACAGACGGAAGUGGAAAUACUACAUGCCAUCAGCUCUAAACUGGAAGCAUCAGUUGGCGCAUUUAUCAAGGCAAGGCAAGAGCUGAAGAAAAUACUGGCUGCAGAGGGCAGCAGUGAGCUGAAGAGUUUCUUUUCUAGAGGCUCUGCUGACCUGAAGACUGAACUGAGGAGGCACAGAGAACUUGCAUCUAAAGCGGAGUCCUGCCUCGGCGUGAAUGGUGCUGGCCAGAGCCGUUUGCAAGGUGUUGUCCAGGCUGGCAGCUCCUCUGAUUUCCUGAAAUCCAUAAUGGCCUUAUAAAGGUUUCUGCUUAGGGAGCCGCUCAACUCAACUCUCAACAGACCGACGGCAAAUGGAAUAGCAGCUCUGCCUUCUCUCACGCGGUGGUGUACAUGUUUCCUCUUCGGAGACGGCUGGGUGAUGAAUAUAGAAUCUAAGCUGUCAUUUGUGAGGCAGAGGGAUGUCUCGGAGGCUGCCUGUCAGUCAUUGGGGGGAAUGUGUCAAAGUAAAACGCCUUAGACAUCAGACAGGUUUACGCCGAGCCCUCACCGCUGACAAAUGUUGACUCUACAAUAACUGCCGCUAUACAGUGCUGACAAAAUGUUCUUUCAGUGAGCGAACGCCCUCGUCCCAUUAGACCUGAUGCUAUAUGAAAUCCACCCCCACCAUGUCCUCUAGCUACCUCGAAAGGUGAAGGAAACUGGAAUAUAGGCUCUGAAAGGCUAGUGCACACACACACACACUUUAUUCCCGUGGUCCCGUGUGGCUCAGUUGGUAGAGCAUGGCGCUUGCAACGCCAGGGUUGUGGGUUCAUUCCCCACGGGGGGACCAGGAUGAAUAUGUAUGAACUUUCCAAUUUGUAAGUCGCUCUGGAUAAGAGCGUCUGCUAAAUGACUUAAAUGUAAAAUGUAUUCGUUGGCUCUUUAUUUGGCUGUGCCAGGGAAGGCAGAGGGCCUCUUACAGCCUAAGCGACCUAAGCAACAGCUGGUGUGCACAGACACAUUUCCUAUUUCUGCCCAAGGUGGAUCAUGUAACUCUCACUUUAUCAGCCUUGGAGGCCGUGUGAAGGACAAAGCGAGCACAUCCAUAAACAAAUCUAAUGUUUUCAUACUGGCCCUCUGGAGGUGAGAGAGGAGACCCUUGGCGGUCUUACACCCGCCACCUCUCCCACUACUUCAACCCACCUUGCCUCCUACCCCCAUCACCUUAGACCUCUACCCCACUAACCCUUUCCUCCUAGAGGGUAUCGCCAGCCCUCCGCUCUUCAUUUGACUGUGUCAUGAAGCGGAUGCAGCAAUGACGUUACCUGUGACUCGUCCUCCCUGUCCCAACUGACACAAACUUCUACAGACGUGUUAAACUGGAGUAUCGGUACAUUGCCGCAAGCAACCCAUCUGUCUAGAGACUACCUUCCUCCCAGUCGAUCCACGGUAGUAAUUUUAAAGCCACAGGCCUCUGGUUGUCCCACCCUUCGUGUUAUAGGAUGCAGGGCCAGGCCAGCGGCUGCAGAUACACAGCGUAGCAGCGGCCCUCAGUGACCCGAUAACAUUUAUAGUAGUAAUGGAUUUUUUUUAAUGGCUGUCAUUAACUCACAGGCAGAGGGGAAAGAUUGCUUGUACUGUUUUUUUUCUGUGGUAUUUCAGCUUUAUGACAUUAUGUUCAGAUAUGUCAUCUUCCAUCAUCUUUGUUUUAGGGCCUGUCGGACCUGCCACUGCUUUUUUGUGUUGAAAUGCAUAACCCUUUGUGGACUCCUUGUUUUCCAAUUUGCUCAUUAAUCCCCCUUCCUCUCCCCUGUAACUAUUCCCCAGGUCGUUGCUGUACAUGAGAAUGUGUUGAGUCAACUUACCUGGUAAAAUAAAAUUGUGUCUAGGUGUUGUAAUGAAUAUUUUUUUCAGCUAAAUUAAAUGGUUGGAAGACA